AUGGACAACAAAAACAACAAACCUCUUCACAUUGUCAUGUUCCCAUGGAUAGCCAUGGGACACAUGUACCCAUGUUUCCACCUUUCCAAAAUCCUCGCACUAAAUGGCCACUCUAUCACACUCAUUUCCACCUCUUCAAUCAUUGACCGUCUCCCUAAACUCUCACAAACCCUCUCACCUUUCAUCAAUCUCAUCAAACUUCCAUUAUCACCCCACAUUGACACAAACAACCUCCCCACAAACGCAGAUUCCACCACCCACAUUCCCUCCAACAAACUCUAUUACCUUAAACUAGCCUACGACUCUCUUCAACAAUCUGUAAUCAAUAUCCUCAAAACCUCUAAUCCCGAUUGGGUUUUCUAUGAUUUUGCAGCUAGUUGGUUGCCCAAACUAGCAAAAGAUUUGAAUUUGAACAUUUCAUGUGCUUAUUUUAGUCCUUGUCCUGCAUGGACUAUAUGUUUCUUUGACACACCAAGACAGCAACUUGGUGAUGAUGUUGCGUCCAUUAGAAAAGAUCCUGAGGAUUAUUAUGGUCCUCCCAAAUGGGUUUCUUUUCCGACAAAAAUCGGUUUGAGAUCUUAUGAGGUAAGAAAAUUACUUGAAGAUAUCAAAGUGAAUGAAACAGGGGCUUCCCCUGUUUUUGAUCUAAACAGAGCAAAUUCAGAUUGUGAUAUGUUUGUUAUUAGAAGCUCAAGAGAUCUUGAAGGGGAGUGGUUAGAUUUUGUUGGUGAGUUUUACAACAAGCCUGUGAUUCCUGUUGGUUUGCUUCCGCCGAUUGUAGAUUCUUCUGAUGAGGUAGAUGAUAAUCCUGAUUGGGUUCAAAUCAAAGAAUGGUUAGAUACACAAAAAGUUUCAUCUGUUGUUUAUAUUGCAUUUGGGAGUGAGGUGAAAUUGAGUCAAGAGAAUCUCAAUGAAUUGGCUCUUGGCAUUGAGAAUUCUAAGUUACCUUUCUUUUGGGUUUUGAGGGAUUUGAAAAAUGGUUCUGUUGAGUUACCAAAAGGGUUUGAAGAUAGAACAAAAGAUCAAGGAUUGGUUUGGAAGAAUUGGGCUCCACAAGCUAACAUCUUGGGACAUAUUUCUGUUGGUGGUUGUUUGACUCAUUGUGGUUCUGGUUCAAUGAUAGAGAAUCUUUAUUUUGGACAUGUUCUUGUUAUGUUGCCAUUUUUAUUGGAUCAAGCUUUGUAUUCAAGAGUGAUGCAAGAGAAGAAAGUGGGGAUUGAGAUUGUGAGGAAUGAGGAAGAUGGGUCAUUUACAAGGGAUUCGGUUGCCAAGGCAUUGAGGUUUACUAUGGUGGAUGAAGAGGGAAGUGAUUAUAGGAAGAAUGCUAAAGAGAUAGGGAAGAAAUUUAGUAACAUGGAGCUUAAUAAGCAAUAUGUUGAAAACUUCAUUUCUUCACUUCACAAUCACAAGUCAUAG